AUGUUGACCAUACUAAUCGUAUGUUUGUUGGGUUACCAACUUGAGGCCACAAAGUUUACCGCCGAGCAACAACAAGCCAUAUUAAAGGCCCACAAUGACUAUCGUCGUACGUUGGCCAAAGGUCAAGCCAAGGGUCAAAAUGGUGGUACCUUUCCGGCUGCUGCCAAUAUGAAUGAAUUGGUAUGGGACACUGAUCUAGAAACCAAAGCCGACCAGUGGGCUCAAGCCUGCAAUUUCGAACAUCCAUCGAACCCUGGCUACGGUCAAAACCUGGCAGCUGCUUCUCCUUUCUCGUCUGCCGAUGAUGCUCUUAAAUCCGCCGUUGACGAAUGGUGGGGUGAGGGUAAGAACUACCCGGCUGGAGUUGCGUUCACUUUUGGUUCAAGUACUGGACAUUUUACUCAAGUAAGUGUUACAAUUCUCGCAGUAGCGAAAAGUCGGCUUUUUUGCUACGGAUGCUCUCGAUGGCAGUGCAACCCGGCGGUAACGACCCCCAUAAUGUUAGGAGUGUGCCAGUAGUCUCCUUAUAUAUAUUUUUUCUUUAAGGUUGCCUGGGCCGCAACAAGCAAAGUUGGCUGUGCUGUCCAAAACUGUACCAAUGGUCAAAGCUUGUUUGGCACCUCAGACUGGACCUUUACCGUAUGUGACUAUCUUAGUCCUGGCAACUACCAGAACCAAGACAUAUACAAGAGUGGUGAAGCCUGUUCAGCCUGUAGCGGUGGAUCUUGCGACGAUGGAUUGUGCAAGGCUUGA